AGCGGCACUUUUGGAGGAUUCUGCUUGCACCAUCGUGUUGAUACUAUCGAUGUGAUGCUUGAAAAGGUGGUAAUCGGCAAAAACCGUCGUGUUCGGGGAGACGCGAAAGUCCGACGCGUCGAGAAUUCAACUCGAUCCGCGCGAACGGCCCGUGCAUUGAUUUACUUUGAAGCUCUCCAGUCGACGCUUGUGCCUUCCCUGGUCCUGGUCGUUUAUGACAUGAGAUUGUGGAGCACAGCGUAGAUUUACUAUGGGUGAUAUACACCUAGCUUUGCUUCUUCACUUAUACUACUGUUAGUUCUGGCAAAUACUACUUACAGACUAAGUGCAAGAAAAGGUACCACAAGACAAAGAAGAGGAACCGAAGAAUCAUGUAGAAAAUAAAGAUAG